GUUUGUCCCCAACAUUUUUUUUCUUUUAUGGCAUCGCUCAAUAAUUUACAGGCUAGUGUCGAUAGCGCACAGUCUUUUUCCUUUACAGAAGGCUGGUUCGUCUUCAUACAGAGAGAACAGCCCCGUUUUGUUGCGCGUGGACAGGUGUAGUCACCCCAUACUUACCUGCAAAAUAAAAACGAGAGAGAUUUGCCUUCAUGUAUGUAAAAAGAUGUGUAAAAACUAAGAUUUUAACGGUUUUUUUAAUUGUUUGCUUCGCUAAGUAUACAUAAUAUAAUUCACCUGCUUUUCGUUAUUUAUUUGUUACAAAACGUUUGUGCAGAAGAGGAGCUACACCAUGUCGUCACCAGAUCUUGACCAACUGCAUCGAUCCACAUUAGGAGUAUAUGGGAACCUUAUGGAACAAUUCAAUCCAGGCCUACAGAGGCUUGUGUCUCUGGGAUACAGCUAUAUUCAGGCAUUCCAAGCUCUAGCUACAACCAGCGAGGCCUAUUUUAGUGCCCUGUCCAAGAUGGGGGAACAGGCUCUGCACAGCAUGUCUUCAAGUUCCCUGGGAGACGUCAUUAUUCAGAUAUCAGAGAGCCAGAGGAGACUCACGGCUGAGCUUGAAGGGGUUUUUCGCUGGUUCCACAAUGAAGUUCUCCAAGAGAUGGAGAGUAAUGUCAGACUGGACAAAGACUACAUAUUGAGCAGCAGGAGGCGCUAUGAGGUGGAAGUGAGGAACCAGGCAGCCACUCUGGAGAGACAGCUGAGGAGAGGGGCCUACAGGGACUUUCAGGAUGGCAGUGACUAUGUACAGUUCCUCAGAUAUAGUCAGCGUGAUGCGCUGCAGGAAGAGGAGAGGAGGUAUCGCUUCCUGGCUGAGAAGCACUGUGGCCUCACCCAGUCUAUAUUAUACCUCAUGAACAAGACAGGUGGGUCCCUGCAGCAGAAGGCGGAGGAAUGGAGGAAUCGGGUGAAUGAAACGAGGGCACCCAGGCCCCGCACCCCAUCACGGCUCGAGCAGGACGCUGCGAUGGGAAUGAGAGAGGAGAGAGAUCAGCGCUGGACUGGAAGAGAAGAUUUGCCCAUAGGCAGAGUGCCCUCCAGAGCCCCCUCACCCCUGCUCAGUCGCUCUCGCCCCAAUUCACCGGGGGGGUCUCUGGGGGGAGGCGGGGGCAGGCAGAUGCAGGCGCUGGUGCCCCACCCCCCCUCCUCCAAUCCCACAAUUCUGCCCUUCUCCCGGGGAGAAAUGAUCACGGUGAUGGUGAAGGAGUCCAGGAACGGCUGGCUGUACGGCAGGGCGGAGAGCAGCCAGCGGCAGGGCUGGUUCCCUGCAGCCUACGUGGCUCCAGUGGGAGACUUUCCCACUCCAGCGGGUUCCAGAACCUCCACCCUCAGAAGCAGUAGCAGCAUGAGCAACCUACUGGACGAGAGGAACGGCCGCAGCCAAAAUGGGAAUGCACCCCCAGCUCCCCCCUUACCUAUGCCUGGGCAACGUCCUGCCAUGGCAACUGCAGACAGGAGGGCAGAGUCCACCUCUGAAGCCUCUGGAGUCCACCAGAGACCUCCCCAAGAGGAAAAACACCCCAAUCUAUUUCCCAGGGGAACCAACCCCUUCGCUACAGUGAAACUUCGUCCCACCACCACCAAUGACAGAUCAGCUCCUCGGAUUCAUUGACACCUAGCCUGCGACUCUCAUUCUGAUGACGGGGUAGAGCGUGGAGGUCAGGCCUCUGGCAUUUGUCCACACCAUUUUCUAAGGAACAUCUCCACCCUGACACCUCUCUCGACAAUGGUUUUACAGGCAGUGUUAUCUUGCUGUCUGAUAUGUCAAGAUGUUUGUGUCAUAUAUUGUGUUGUGUUGUGUUGUGUCAUUACAUCUUAUAAAAUGUGUCCAGUCUUCUUUAUGACUGAUGUAUGAGUGAUAAUAAGUACUUUACUGGACCACGUUCAGCCGUGGCGUUGCUUUUGCACAACCACACUAUCAGACUCAUAAGCAGAACAUCCAGCUUUUUACCUUUAUAAAUAUAUUGCAGGCCUUAGUUUGAUUAAAUUGUUCAUAUUUUUUCAGGAUUACAACGCAACGUACAAAUGGCCCUCAUUUAAUCUCUCAGAUCCUGGUGUCAGCUGUUUGCAGCUUGUAAAGUUUACAUUUAAAAUACUCAGUCUGUGAAUGAAUAUAUUGAUUAAUGAAUUUGAAAGUUUGUGAAUUUAGGGAAAUCUGUAAAGUGUCACAGUGUUUUCAUGUUUUGAAUGGAGAUAAAAAAACAUUUUGUACACCACAUUGAUAAAGCAAUGCUCUCUAAA